AUGUUGCUGCAGGACCUGCUGGAUGCAAGCGAGGCACCUAUUGCAACGCCGAUCAGAAAAUAUAUAAAACAUGUUGAUGAUAUCGUUCUAAUCGACUUUCAAGCUUCCAUCAAAUUCGUCUUAAUUGAUUUUGAAUUGCUGCUUGGUCUUGUUGAAAUUGAUUUUGCAAUUGCAGCAGCAACUGCAAGUCUUGCUGCUGGAUGUUUUGCAGAAGAACAAACACCACCUGGAGAGUUACUCGUGGUGGUGGUAAAUAAAGUCAAAGCCGUGUAG